GAGGAUCGGAGCGCCGAUGGGGAGCCGACUCCCCUCCCCCAGAACUGGCCGUUACACGGCUACCGUUAGCGGUUGGGCUCGUUAGCAUCCAGCUAACGAGUCGUAGUCGCUUUUAAAUAAACGAAGAGACACUGCCGUGAGACGUGUUGUGUGUCCUGUCUGACACCUGGUGCUUGUGUUCAAGUGGCGUUGUCGAGGAGUCCGAGGCUGGAGCUCGGUCGUGUUUUGACAAUGGUUGCUCGCUGUGCUGGGAGCAAGCUAACUCGGCUAAUCGCUAGCACAGCCGAGUUGUUCCGCUGGUUGUUUAUCAAACCGACUGGACAACUUUUUUUUUUGCCCGUUUCCAACACGUUUGUAAAUCAUUUUACCUAGUGGGGCACUUAGCUGGUGUUCGUUACUCUCUAAAUGCAAGGUUGCCAUGCGGUUGGUGAUCUGCAUUAUCAGGUAUUUGCCAUAAAGUGUAACUUUAUGUGGAGCUUAAUGAGCUCCCAGUGGCAACAGGACCAUUGCAGUGGGAGAUAACAUCAUUUCUGGUGUCACAAGAUGUCCUCCUACCCUGAAUACCUCAUAAUGCCAUAACGUUAGAGGAACAAAGCUAACCUCUGCACCUCUGGGGAAAGUGCAUUUAAAUGUCAGUGGUCGAGGGCUGCUGGUAAAUCCUCUACGGUAACAGAAUAGAGUCAUAAAGCGUAUGGCCUAUAGUCGAGAAUAGUCUGGUAUACUGUUUCCUGUUGACAAAUCCAACAUCUAAAUAUUAAUAUAUAUAUUAUCUUUGUCUCUGUGUGGGGCUGCAAACCUUCAUUAUGUUGUGCAACCUUGUGUUAUAGUGUAUAAUGAUGAAUACAUUAACUUUACUCGUGUUUAUUCUGCUACUGGGAUAUUGGCAUGCUAUUCAAAGCUUAAAGUCGAGCAUUAGCUCAACAUGAAAACACAGUUUUGGCACGCCAGGCAUUAAGGUAGAUUUAUAUUAGCGAUUUGAAUCACAUAAACUACCAAACUGAAGUUGCAAUGCUUCAGAAGUUGUUCCAGUUUCAGCUUUCUAGCCAGCUGCACUGAUUGAUUGGACAAAGAGCAUGAGAAGAUCAUUGUUGACAGUGGACAUUCACAGGAUUCCAGUGGCGCACAAGAGGUGGAUCUCCACCAUUAGAGGGCAAUAAAAGCACAUGCUGGUGGAAGAGUAUGCCUCUCGCUGGCAGGUGCCACUGCCACAGCUCAGGAUCCUUGAGAUAUCGCUCUGCUUCUUCGCUCAAGCCUCCACCUUCUUCGCGUCGAACUGCGAUCACGUGCUCCACACACUCAGUAGUCUGGCCUUGAGUAUUUUUGAGUUGCUGCUGUUCUUUGACCAGAAGGACUUAGACCAGGAGCCACUGAAACAAUUCACUGUUACAUUCCAGGAAUGUCAUUUGGCCCUCGCGAGGCAUCAGAAUGUUCAUUUACUUCAGGUUGAGCGCUUGGUUCGGGGAGGCGGACCGUGGGCCUGCCCAGCCUUACAGGCAAUCCUCAGUGACUCCAGUUUACCUCAGAGUGAAGUGGAUGGGUGUGUCAGCUCUGAGCCGCCGGUGUUCUUUGAGCUUCGGGUGCGCUACCUCUUAUCCUGUGAGCGGGUCAGUGAGGCUAUGGCCCUGGCUAAGUGUUGUGCUUGGCAUCCCACAGCAGGACAACACUUGUUCUUCCUCCAGGUCUACCUCACGUGGCUUUUCAAAACUUCACAGCAUGACAGUCUACACAAAGAGGUGGCUGGCUUUAAUGGUAAAGAUGCAGUUCACAUCAUCUGUAGUUUGGAGUGUGAGGAAAAGGAUGAGGUGCUACUAGCCCUCAGCAGAGCCUUCCUCUCCCAGCAGCUCCACAGGGGAGACAUGUCCUAUUUGUGUGAUCUUGUCUUCGUGUGGAGUAAACUUCAUAGUCGGUUGAAAACAUCCAAGCAGGCUCUACUUGAGGAGAGUCAUCAGCUGAUGCUGUCUGCCACUAGUGUCAACUCAAUCUUCCCAUUCAUCAGAGCCAUACUGCAAGAACUGGGUGAAGACGGUAUCCAGUUCUGCGUGGAGCUUUGUGCUAAUGCCCUGAAGUCUUGCCUUCCCUGUGAUGUCAUCACCAAGUCUCUAAUCUACAAAACCAUUGCCGGCCUGGUGCCCAAUGACCUGGAGGUUUGCCGAGCAUGUGCUCUUCUCGUCUUCUUCCUGGAACGCACUGUUGAGGCCUACAAGAUGGUGUACCUGCUUUACAUGCAUCCUGAUCAGGAGUACCACGUGGAGUACAGCCCCAUCAGAAAUCAAGUUCGCUUUGAAACCCUACAGGUCUUAAAGAAGGACUUGUAUUUUGACCCAGAGUUUUGGAACCUCAUUGCUUUGCGGACCAACUGUUUGAAGCUGAUGAGUGAGAAGGUGGUCAGUGCUGCCCUCGAGGAAAUCAUGGAGGACAAAUGGAUCCUUAACUAUUGCACCAAAGAACCUGCUCUCCGAUCGAGCACAUCAGGAUGUCAGAAAGGAAGUAAAGGGGCGCUUCAUGCAGCAGCUAAGAAGCGUAAUCAUAAAGAGGAUAGUGACACUGCAUCCAAAAGAUUAAAGGUGGGCCCAGGUAAAACACGGCUUAAUGUUGACCACACUGUAAAGAGGAAAGGCAACCAUGGAUCACGGCCUUUGAAGGACACAUCAUCUGAGCCUUUGAGGCGUUCAUUUUGGCAACUCGACCGACUACAGGACAAUGGAGAACAUCGACGCACUACACGACUCUCAGAGAAGAACCCACCAAAACGGAGGAUUAGAAAACCCAAGUGGCUUCUGGAGGACUCAGGAACUCUUGGAGAGAAUGACUUUCCGCCGAAGAUCAAAAAGCAUGGGUUGAGACAUCAAAAGCACCAUCGAUCUUCUGUGGAAAGGUCAGAAACUGGUCAGAUCAAGAACAAUGCAAAACACAAACCUUCACUUAACUCUCAUUUAAUGGCAAGGGAAAACAACAGCAAACACCAGAAAGGAUUUUCCAUGGACUGUUUUAAUCCAGCCGCCCCUCCACAAGUCAUUCUUGAGCUCUCCCUGCCAGACAACGAACUGAUGGGUACGUUUAUUGAGGACACUUGCAGCAGGCCAAGAGGGUUCCCUCAGGUGCUUCUUUACAAACCUACAGUGAAGGUUCCUGCAACACCACAACCCAUGAAGACUGUACACCGCAAAGAGGUGAUUCUUAGAGCGCGGGAUGCAACUAUGUUUGUACAACAGUUGCACUGUUAUGCUCGGCGCCAGAAAGGAAAAGGUACCGGGUCCAAUAUUCAAGGCUCUGUGUCAACAAUCACACGGUCCUCUGUGCAAGGAAGUCCUCCAAAAGAUCCAGAGAGAGAGUUCUGUGAAAAGCCUGCCACUGAGAUGAAAGGUGGAAGUGUCUCUCAGACACAAGCAGCAGCUGAAGUUACAGAAUCCCCGGUUUUAGAAAAAGUCUUUCAAGCUCAAACUACAAAAGCUGUCUCACGUAAGACGUCUUCAGCCAGAGAGCUCUCUGAAAAGUCUGCUGUUGAGAUGAGAGUCACUGUUGCUUCACAGACACCAACAAAAGCGACAGAAUCUCCAGUUUUACAUAAGGUCCCUCAAGCUCAGAGCGCAGGAAAAGUCUUACAAACCCUCACAUCAACAAGAGAGCGCCCUGAAAAGUCACAGGCAUCGGCAGAAACUGAAGUGACAGAAGCCCCAAUGUUUGAUAAGGCCCUGAGAGCUCAAACAAGGGAGCUCUGUGAAGAGUCUGCUGUGGAGAUGAAAGUCACUAUAGCCUCACAAACCCCAACAGCAGGUAAAGUGUCUCAAUCCCCAGGUUUAGAUAAGGUUUCUAAAGCUCAAUCUGUAAAAGACCUGUCAAAAACCACAACUUCAGCUGAGGUUUUGCAGACUUCAACUGGAGACAACAAUCAGAUGAUAGUUACUGAGGAAGUCCGUCCAGUCUCAAAUAAAGCCAACACUGGAGCUGCUGAUCCCUUGGCCUCAAACUCUCAAGAUAUUGUUCUGAGAGAUGGGAAACGACUUGAACUGAAGUCCUCUCGGGCUGAAACUGGUGCUCCAGAGGUCUCAAAAGGACACGUGCCUUGUGACAAAGACACAGGCCCCGGAGGAACAAGGGUCACCACUUACACACCUACAGAUCAGGACAGUAUAAAUGACAUAUCUGCUCUGACAUUAGUAACGGAAAUGGUUACUGAGCUUGCACCUGAGACACUUGCUCACAAACAGCAGGCUGCUGAGGACAGUGCUUCCAGGGAGUCAAGAACUGGGAGUAAACCUCAAGUUCCUCACAACUUAUAUGCUACCUCCAGCUGCUCUGUACCAGAACUGGGGGCCUCCGCAGUUGAUGAUGUGCAAGGGAUGAAUGAGGAAACUCAGGAUACUUUUUCAGAAACACCUGAGAACGGUGAACCUGUGGAAUCGGAGGAAUCCAAGUUGGAGUACUGCUGUACCUUCUGUAACAAGGUCUUUAAGGGAAGUCGCGUCGUAGCACAUGCUAUGUUCCAUUACCGCAAAGACGAGUGCAUGUUCUGUGGGACGAUGUUUAAAGAUGACCUCCUGGCCAUGAUGCACCUCUCUAAUCAUAUUGAGAAGCUGAAGAAAAGCAAAGAGUCAGCUGGUAUCAACGCCCAAGAAGACUGGGACUCUGAGACCAAAGAUAUCACCACACCUAAAACCUCUGCCAAAGCUAAGAUCACAGACAUGUCUUCUGGGCGCCGUAGUCGUGGGAGACCUAGGAAAUCUGGCGCCUGUCCUAAAUCAAUAAGCCUUCCAGAUUCAACCCCAUCUGGAUCCAGAAAGUUAAGAUCCAAUGACAAAUCAGUGGAUGGUUCAUCUUUACAAGAAAAGAAACAAAACUCAUCAAAGCACCUUAAUAGUAAAUCUCCUGUUAACAAGGUAAACGGGCACAUUGUCAAAAAAACGGAGCUUGACGGACCGAAAAGCUCCGAAGCUAAGCAGCCACGCACGCAGCAGCAGAUCUCUGAAGGAAGAGCGAGUGAUGGGGACGAAAAUCCCAGGUUGCAAGAAAACAAAGAUCUAGAAAUGGAUUGUGCAACAUCAGUUCCUGUAAACAAAGAGUUCAGCUGUUCCACUGGCGAUAAAAUGAAGGAGACAGAAUCUCUGCAGGUCCUAAAAACGACCACACAACCAGAUGGGAAAGUUGUUGAAGAGAAGUAUGCUGAGUCACAAGAGAAAGUUUGCUGUCCUGUGGAUGGUUGCGCUUGGUUUACAGACCUUUCAAAAAACCGCGUUGCGCUGCUUUACCACGCUCUCGAAGAUCACUAUGGUGAGGUCAAACCUUUGGAACUGGCCUUCCGUGUCGGAAACAGCAGAUGUAGUAUUUGCAUGAGGGUUAUGUGGAGUUUCGAACAUUUUCAGCACCACGUUGAAAGACACAGACUCAGUCCUCGGCAUCCCUGCCUCCAUCAGGGUUGUACUGCCAGGUUUAAAAGCGGAAUGGAAAUGAGACGCCACGCCAGGAGGCACAGUCCGCUGCAGGCAGUGUGCUGCCUCCCUGGUUGUUCACAGCUAUUUAUCUGUCUCUGGGCACUGAACCUUCACGAAAGAGAGCAUUACGCUUCCAAACCUACUAAACCAGACAAGAAUACAAAUGAACAAACGGGUGACAAACAUAAUAACUCACCGGCUGGGAAGAAACCAGAUCAUAAGCCCAAAGAUGAAACUGCUUCCAAUACUGUAACUAAGACUGUGAGCGUAAAGGCUACUCGUAAGUCAAGAGGACAAGUUAUACACAACUCAUCAACAGGAAAACAUAAGGCUCCUCCUCCCACCACCAUCAGAGCAUCUCUAUCAAAACAAGGGCUGAAACAGGCCAGUGAGACCAAGGAUUCACAUGUUUUGAAGAAUCUUUCUAACAAGGACACCUCCACACAGCCUGCCGGCCCUAAUCUGAGAUUGAGGCAAACAUUAAGGAAAGUUAAAGGAACAAAUAUAUCCCUGGCACCGCAUAAAAGUCACAAAGUCAUCUCAUCGUUGUUCAGACACAAUAUCAGAGUGAGACAUAAGUUCAAGAAAAAGCAGGUCAAAGUAAACACUAAAGGUCCCAAAAGAAGAGGGCGUCCUCCUAAGUCAAACAAAGCUGUGCAUGAUGAAAACACUACUACUGGUCAAAACAAUGAAACUGUCAAAGAGAAAACUGAUCAGAGGAGCCCCACUCAGCUCACGAGCCCCUCUAAAGCAGCAGAGACGUCAAAUGUGAGCAAGGCAUUAAAUGAAGAACAAAAGAGUCAGCAGGUCCAAGAUGUCGUCAAAACUACUGAAACAUCAAUUGAUGAAUCAAAGUCUAAAAAAUCAGUUAACAAGCAGAUUAAGAAGAAUCAUGUUAAACAAAAGGGGGUCUUGCAUAAUACCUCUACACCUAUUGUGACGUCUAACAGCGUAAAUCAGUCAAUCACCACCACCUCGGCAGACAAAACGCACAAGAAACUGCAAAAAGCGAAAAAACGCCCCGCUCCGAAAGAAAAUGGGAGUCGGGCUGCUUCUUCAGACUCCAGCAAGUCAAAGAAACACAAGGUUACAAAUGGCAAAGCCAACACAGAGAUUAAGAAAAAAUGUCCUGUCAAAGAACCAGAGUCUGCCUCAAAAAAGCCUAGUAAGUCAAAUUCUGUUGUCCCCCAGGUUGAGCCCAAAGCUGCAACUGUAGAAAAUUCUGCUGAUGAGGAGGGAAAAGCGAAGGCAGAAAACAAAGACUCCACACAAAACUGCUCUGGUAACGCUGUGCCUGCUGUCCCAGCCAACACUUUAAAUGAGAUAAUUGCACCACCCACCACCUCAGGAGACAAAACACAGAUGGUAACAACAGAAGAAAAGUCAAAGAAAUCACACAUUACAACGAAAGAGGGAAAGAAAGAGAAUAAUACAUCUACUGCUUCUUCAGACUCAGGCAAGACAAAUAAGAAGCACAAAGAUGCUAAUAAAAAAGUCAAGGAAAGACUGCAAGUAACAACAGAGGAAAAGUCAAAGAAAUCACACAUUACAAAAGAAGGAAAGAAAGAAAAGGAUAGUCAUACUGCUUCUUCAGACUCUGGAAAGACAAACAAGCACAAAGAUACUAACAGUAAAGGGGACAAAAAAAGGCGGCCUUCUUUAAAAAAGUCUGCCAAGUCAAAAUCUGUAGACCAACAGGUUGAAGCGAGAGCGGCAGCGGCAGAGAGCUCACCUGAUGUGGAAGGAAAAGCAAAAGAAGAAACCUUACAUGCAACACUUGACUGCUCCAGUUCCUCCGUUCCUGCUGCUACAACUGGCGUCUUAAAUGAAUCUCCAUCCACUGCCAACGAAGAGAACACGCAGAAGGAAAAAUCAAACAAAUCUCAUGUCAAGAAAAACUCAGAUCCCAACAAAGCGAAUAAGAAGCGCAAACUUGUUCAUAAAGAAGGCGACACAAAGACUGUCAAGAAGAAAUGCAAAGAUCAGGGUGUUCCAUCGGCGUCCAAGACGCCCGCAAAGUCAAAAAGUAAGGUCCAAGCCGAGGUAGUGGCGAGCUCUGCAGGCGAGGAGGGAAAACCCUCAGAGGAACAAUCUGCAGUUAACGGCACCGGUUACUCUGUGAUGAUGAACGGACAAGCAGCAACUGAAGAUGUAAAAUCUACAGUCUGUAAGGACACUCUGGCAGAGUACAGUAAGAGGCCAUACAUGCGUCCGCCGCCGACGGCGUACCUGGAUGAAAAGUACACCACCAUGCCAAAACGAAGAAAGGAUGUGUCGUUUUUUCACUCGUUUCAGAGAACUUUUUCUCCUGCGCAGGCCAAGGUUACAGCAGCUCUGCCGAGACAGCGAUGUGCCAACUGUUUCGCUACUUUCAACAGCGCCGAAGACCUGCAGAGUCAUCUCCAAGUGCAGAAGUGCUCAAGCCUCUUUGGAUUCGACUCUGACGACGAGGGCAACAGUUGAACGUGUCUAAUGAAGUCUAAGUGAAUUGACAUUUGGGAUGUAUAACAGACUGACCUGCAUGGAGCCCCUGGAUGGAGCCUACCUCCACCGAUCAGUGCUGUCUUUGAGGACUUGUUCGUGGCUGCGGGGGGCGAUGACUCACCGACCUGGAGACUAUAAAGGGUUACCUGACUUUUGCUGCAGCAUGUGCCUGUAACGCCAGGCCCCCCGGGGGUGUCCAGGACACAUGAACAACCCGAUCAAUAAAACUGAACUGGAUCCCCAGUCGGACUGUGUGGAGGACAGCGAGUACUGAAGUGCCUGCUCUGGAACCGCCGUGCUGUUUCCAGCUGCUUCACCUGGUAUGGAGAUUAAGCACCAUGGCUUAAAGACUGAACUCUAGAAAGCUGUGAAAAAAAUACUGACGCAAGAUGACAAGGCUGCUCCUGCUAUCAUACUAGGAUACAUAUUUUUCACAUCAGUAAGCCAUAAAAUGCCAUUGUUUGCUUUUUGCACUCUUCUCAUAAGAUUUCUCACUUUCUUUCUGCUUAAACUCUCAAAAAGUGAUGGGAUUGUACAACGAAUCUGACGCUGUUUUAACACCCUAAGGUUGCAUAUAAUUUAGAUUGAGUUUAAACUUUUAAAAAGCUGUAAGAAUGCUGUAUAAUCUUUUGGGAUCUUUUGUGUAAUUCUUAACAUACUAAUUGUAUUUCUAAUACAAAGUUCCCUACGGGGUUGAUUAGGUCUGUGCUUGUCCUCACCACGAGUAACCAAUAGGGGUCAGUGUGCACCAAUCUUUUUGUUUUUAUGUGAACACGUUUGCUCUUUUUCUGCCACAGAAGGAUUUCUACAGACACAGCUGCUCCACUGUAUUUAUCACUGUACAGACUCAAGAAAAUGGCUUCACUUCCAAUCCAUCAAGCUGUAUUUCCUUUAGCAAUAACAAACACACAAUGUGCCAGUAUCCCACUAAUAUUUCUCUGGAUUCUGUCACCGAUCAUGUUCUCUCUGUUAUUCGCUGUCAGUGGAGCAGCUGACAUUCUCGCUUAUAUUAUAUUUUCUCACUUAAAACGUAGAUUUUUUUUUCAAUUUUAUCUUCACUGAACUGUCCAAGACCUACUGAGACAUUGUGAUUUCUCUUUUGAAUCUUACACAUUCACAACCGCAGUUUAAAGUGUAACUGGGGGGUGGGGGGGACGCCGCACCGAUCUCUCACGAGCAGCAGCAGGUUAUAUUUAUUUAUGUUUUAUUUUCUAUCUUUUGUAAAUAUUUGAAGAGUUUCAGUGGCUUAUUAUAUAAAAAUGGGUGUCUGAGCCGGGUUUAUAUUUUGUUCUUGGAGAAAAAAUAAAUAAAUCAUUUCAAAUGGCA